ACUCUACAAUCUAGUUGAACCUGCCCAUCACUUUAUAGACUCGGGGCUUUCCAAUCCUGGCUCGACUGCCUGUCAUUUCAGACAGACGCUUUCUCCGAAUAUAUCUCUUCCCUUUUUACUGAUUGCAGAAUUUGAGAGAACAUAGAUUUGAAGAGAAUGGAGGAGCAACAGCAGCAGAGACACGACGAUGCGCUCCUGGAGCGCGCAGGGAGCCAGGACGUUAUCCUCCCAAUAACAACCAACACAAGGGCCUCUAACAGCCGUGCUUUUAAGGUAGCAGGGCUCACAGUGCUGGCGUGUCUUCUCCUAGCCGGCCAGGCCCUCACAACCUACCUGGUCUUCAACCAGAGGGGCCAGAUCUAUGACAUGCAGAAGAGCAACGACAACAUGCGCAAGCAGCUGAGAAACAGACCACCGGCUGUGGCCCCUGUCAAGAUGCAGACGCCCAUGCUCAACAUGGCCCUGAUCGACUUCACCGAUGAGGACGUCAAGACUCCCAUGACGAACCUGGAGGCCACUGCAGUUGCAAUUGUGAGCCUGGAGGAGCAAGUGAAGAAUCUGCUGCAGAACCCCCAGCUGCCACAGUUCAACGAGACGUUCCUGGCCAACCUGCAGAGCCUGAAGAAACAGGUGGAGGAGACUGAGUGGGAGGGCUUUGAGACCUGGGCGCGUUAUUGGCUGCUCUUCCAGAUGGCCCAGGAGAAGCCCCCUGUUCUCCCCACACCUCAGCCAGUACCCCAUCAGAGGAGGGCAUCUUACCCCAGGAUGAUGCAGCUGAAGGAGUACAAGAAUGAGUAAACCACAGCUCAACCACAGCACCUGAUGGCCUUCUUCACCAAGUGUCCUCUCCUAUAUCUCACCCCCCCCC